AUCUCUUCUACUGUUUCUUGCUUUUGUCCAUUCUCGAGUGUGGACAUGGCCAUUUAUGAUACUCUUCCCGGACAAUAUCUUCUCUUACUCUUCAAGAUUUCCUGAGAGCCCUCGUUGUUGUUUGCCAAAGUCUACCAGAAAAUUCAUGCUGAAGUGACAGGCAGAUAUGGUUGAUUCGCCAUCUUCUUGACCAUAUUAUAAAGUUUCUCUUCACCAACACAUCACACCAAUCACAGUCUAGUACAUGUUCCUGUGGCACAGCAUUAUUAGUGCAAGAAGAGUGGUUCUUCAUAUGGAUGAAGUAGAUAUAAAGCUAGGAAUUUUGGGAUAAUUGUCAGGGAAAGAUUGUGGCUUUGUUAUGGAGAACUUGAAUUGGUUCUCUGAUUGGUCAGGAGAAGCAGAUUGGGUUGAACAAAUGAACAGGGGUUCAUAUCCGAUGCCAUCUCAAGCGGCUGUGUUUAAUCCGAUUCAAACAUGCAAUGAAAAUUUUCCGUGGUACAUCCCCAUCGAUGGAGGAGUAGUAGAUGACAGAGGGACGAGCGCGAGUGCGAGCGCGAGCGCGAGUGUUUCCAAGAGUCACAGCCAAGCCGAGAAAAGGCGCAGAGACAGAAUCAAUGCACAGCUUGCCACUUUGAGGAAGCUCAUUCCCAAAUCCGAGAAGAUGGACAAAGCAGCUCUUCUAGCAAGUGUGAUCGACCGCGUCAAGGACCUGAAGCGAAAGGCCACCGAGAUCAGCAAGUCCCUCACCAUCCUCCCGUCCGAGGUCGACGAAGUGAUCAUCGACUGCGACGACCCCAAACCCGAUAAGGGCGACGGCGGCGUCCUCCUCAUCCGGGUCUCUAUCUGCUGCGACGACCGGCCCGAGCUGCUGUCGGAGCUCACCCGGGUCAUCAAGGGCCUGAAGCUGACCACGGUGAAGGCCGACGUGGCCUCCGUGGGCGGCCGAAUCAAGAGCGUCCUCGUUCUGUGCGGCGACAGCGGCAACGGGGGCGGCGGGGAUCAAGGGGCGUGCUUGAGCUCGCUCAAACAGUCGCUGAAAGUGGUGGUCAGCAGGAUUGCCUGCUCUUCUAUGGCCUCAAACUGUCGCAUCAGAAGCAAGAGGCAGAGAUUUUUCUUGCCUUGUCAGAGUCCAUUGCCAUGAUUAACAUGCUACGGUAAUAAAAUCUAUGACAGACUUUGAUAAUAUUGAUAUGUUCUGUUGUGUAUAUAUAUAUAUAUAUAUAUUUGCAUAUGAAUUGGGGAUGUCAUCUAAUUAAUCAUUUGUAGGAAGAGAACUUUUCUUUCUUCAAAAGAAAGAGAAAAGAAAGAUCUUCAACAUAUCUAUUUUACUGUGACAUGUGUGGCCGAAAUGCAAGUAAAGGUAAAGUAAAGAUAAGAUCGGCCGCAUUGGUAUAUAUUCAACAUCCCAUCAAUCAAGAAAAGUUUUCAAAUCGUAA